GAACACUGAGCAAUGAUCAUUCUCUUUUACAUCGCAUCUCUGAUCCGAAGGCCAGAGGAAUCGAACGGUUUCUUCAUUUCCAUUCUUAACAAUGGGAACUUCCGUCGCCGCCAAAAGCCUUCUCGUCAAAACUCUCGUCUUAUUCACACUAGCGUCCAUGGUAAUAGCAUUCACCAUCUCUACCCCUCUGGUGUUCUUCAAUUGCGGCCAGUUUAUUCACUUUGAUUGAUUUGUGCAUACUUUGUUCCGUGCUUAUGGGUCUCUGAGAACUCUUCAAUUCUCUUGAAAUCUUUGGAGGAACUGCUCCUAUUCCCUAUUAGACAUAUCUAAAUCAUCGGAGUGUCGCCAGACUCCAGCGCCUUAUGUUUUGGGUUGUUCUGGUUUUCUGGGAAUAUGAUUUUCCCAGUUGGAAGUUUUCUAGUACCAAUUACUGUAUUUUAAUCAUCUAUCUGCUUCUCGUGUUUCUUCGUCACUCUAUCUAUGUGUGUUUUAAGUAGCCAUUGGGACAAGAGCUUGGGAAUUCAGGGAAGUUCCCUCUAGUUGUGAGCACCUGGCCUUUCUUGGAGGCUGUUAGAGCUGCUUGGAGGUCUGUGAAAGCUGGAUCUACUGCAAUUGAUGCGGUUGUGGAGGGUUGCUCGGCGUGUGAGGAACUGAGAUGCGAUGGUACAGGUGGGAACAGGAUGCCACUUGUAUAUAUGCCUUAAUAUCAUUUGAUUGGGCCUGGUGGAAGUCCAGAUGAGAACGGGGAAACUACAAUUGAUGCUCUGGUCAUGAAUGGGGACAUGUGUAGGCUACAAUGGAGGUUGGAGCUGUUGCUGCCAUGAGGUAUGUUAAAGAUGGUAUCAUGGCUGCAAGGCUAGUAAUGCAACAUACUAAACAUACCAUGUUAGUUGGAGAGCAGGCCUCUGCAUUUGCAAUUUCCAUGGGUCUUCCUGGACCCACAAAUCUUAGUUCAACAGAAUCACUCGAAAAGUGGAUUAUAUGGAAAGCCAAUGCGUGUCAGCCUAAUUUUAGGAAAAAUGUUCUACCAGCUGAUGGCUGUGGUCCUUAUCAUCCAAAGGGAAAUGUGAAGCUAGCUCAGAACAAUUGUUUGAUGGACAAUGUAGCAGAAUCUGUAACAUUGGGAUCAUCUCAUGUAGACCGCCACAACCAUGAUACCAUAUCCAUGGCUGUUAUUGAUAAAAUGGGACAUAUUGCUGUUGGUACAUCAACUAAUGGAGCCACUUUUAAGAUCCCUGGCAGGGUUGGCGAUGGACCAAUUGCAGGCUCUUCAGCUUAUGCAGAUGAUGAAGUUGGAGCAUGUGGUGCUACUGGAGAUGGUGAUAUCAUGAUGCGCUUCCUUCCAUGUUACCAGGUUGUUGAGAGCAUGAGGCUCGGUAUGGAACCUGGGCUUGCUGCCAAGGAUGCCAUUUUGCGAAUUGCAAGAAAAUAUCCCGACUUUGUUGGAGCCAUAUUUGCAGUAAACAGAUAUGGCAAGCAUGCUGGUGCUUGCCAUGGCUGGACAUUUCAGUACUCUGUGAGAAGCCCAGAAAUGGAGGAUGUUGAAAUAUUUACUGUGACCCCUUGAAAUUUCAGCUGCCUGCAGAGUUGCAAGUAUGAAGCUACUCUCUUCAUGUGUUAAAAUGAGUCCGUGUGUGAUGUAGUUUGAGGACAAUGAAAUUGUUUCAAGUUUGGAACUCAAAGGAGAACUCAUUAUGUUUCACAUUUUUAUAUCUAUAUUCAAGUUAGGCGUUACGGGUCGAAUAGAUACUAGAUUCUAGAACGUUCUGAAUCAAAUUCAGAUUUAAUUCUAAUGUUUUGGAUUCAGUUGACAUUAAGUCAAGUUCAGGUUAAAUCAUCAA